AUGGCUGUAGCUGGGGACCCACAAGUCCAGACUCCUCGAGAGCGAGAAGAGCUUCAAAGAGUGAAGCUGGAAGACGAUUCCCACUGGGAGCAGGAAAUUUCCCAAAGGAGCGACCCUGGACCAGAGACCUCCUGCCGGCGGUUUUGGCAUUUCUGCUAUCAACAAGCAUCAGGACCCCGGGAGGCUCUCAUCCAACUCCGGAAGCUCUGUCAUCAGUGGCUGAGGCCAGAGAAGUGUACGAAAGAGCAGAUCCUGGAAUUGCUAGUGCUAGAACAGUUCCUGGCUGUCCUUCCUCGGGAGAUCCAGUUCUGGGUUAGACAGAAGCAUCCAGAGAGUGGAGAGGAGGCCGUGGCCCUGGUGGAAGACUUGCAGAAAGAGCCCGGGAGACGGGGGCUCCAGGCAGUGGUGAAGAACUCACAGCCAGAACCGGAAGAACAGUGGCAUCACAGUCCCGAAGAGGAACUCCCAGCCUUGCACAGGAGCGCCCUGCCUGGUCCUGGAACUCUGGGUCUUUCUGUGGAGGAGGGCGGCAGUGACCAGGGGAUGAUGCACAGCCCCCAGGAGUUGGUGACAUUCGGCGAUGUGGCCGUGUACAUCUCCCAGGAGGUGCGGAGGCAGCCAGGACCUGGAUGGAGGAACCACCUGGAAAGAAGUUGGGAGAAAUCUGCAAGUGAGGUCUCGCCGGAUUUGCCAACCCCCCUACCCAGUGUCAGCUCCCACGUGGAGCAGGAGGAGGACCCACGGAGGCGUGAUCUUCAGUGUCCCGGAGAGGAGAACGCCAGCGACUCCGCAGCGGGCGGGGGGAGAGGCCAGCCUGGCCACGUGCCCGUCCUGAGAAAAGCCAAGAUGUGGGACGAGCUGGAGUUGCAGGGCCUGGAGGAUGAGAAGGUGGCAGGGGUGCACUGGGGCUACGAGGAAACCAAGACUUUUUUGGGAAUUCUCAGUGAGUCUUGGAUCCACGAGAAACUGCGCACCUGCCAUCGGAACCGCCAGGUGUACCGGCUGGUGGCCGAGCGGCUGCGGGAGCGCGGCUUCCCGCGGACCCUGGAACAGUGUCGCUACCGGUUCAAAAACCUCCAGACCCACUACCGCAAAGCCAGGAGCACGCACGCCCCGGGCACCUGCCCCUUCUAUCGUGAGAUGGACGCCCUGAUGUGCCCACGGGCCGCCACCCCCCUUCCAGAGGUGGCAGGGGCUCUUCUUGGGCACAGGGCCUGUGAUGUGGAGCAUGCAGAGCUUCAGGGGCGCCGCUGGGGACAGGAGGAGGCAGUGCUGGCUGAGGCUGUGUUGGAAGGCGGGGCAGAGAAGCAGGGGCCGGACCCCGGCCACACAACAGCAUCUGUAGAAGAAGGGCAUUUAGGAGCCGUCACAGAGGAUUCUGAGGGGGAAGAACUGGGGGUCGAAGAAGUGUCUGGAAGCCCUGGAAUCCCAGCCCUGUUUCGGAGUCCGGCUGGUGUGCACUGGGGCUACGAAGAAACCAAAAUUUUCCUGGGGAUUCUCGGUGAGCCCUACAUUCACGAGAAACUGCGCACCUGCCAUCGGAACCGCCAGGUGUACCGGCUGGUGGCCGAGCGGCUGCGGGAGCGCGGCUUCCCGCGGACCCUGGAACAGUGUCGCUACCGGUUCAAAAACCUCCAGACCCACUACCGCAAAGCCAGGAGCACGCACGCCCCGGGCACCUGCCCCUUCUAUCGUGAGAUGGACGCCCUGAUGAGCCCCUGGACCCUCGCCAGCACCUUUGAUGUGUUUCCAUUCUCAUUUCACCCACCACGUCCAGAUAUAAGAACAGAAGGCAGAUUGCAUAAGAACUCCAUGUCCCUUCUUGAUUUUCCUCGAGUAGGACUUCCAGUCCGCCAGCCAGACGGGGUCUCGAGGCCAGAGAGAAGUGAAGAGCUUUGGAAUGACGAUCCCCGGGACUUCCGGAAAACUUCCUGUGCAGAUCUUGAAACAAGGACAGAGAAUGAGGAGAAUUCAAGCCAGAACAUUUCAGAGGAAGCAGAACUGCCGGGGGCAUUAUUAGAAAGACCCGAAGUGGAUGUUUCCCAGUACCUUGCCUGGAGGAGAGACUGGGAAGGCAAAUAUGGGGCAGAAAAGCAAUGGGAGGUACCCUUAGAAGAUGGACGAGGGUCACUCUCCCCUCCAGAAAGAGACGCAGGGAAAUUCAUAGGUCCUCAGGGAACCUACGUAGGAGAAAAAUCCUAUCCAUGCUGUGAAUAUGGGGAAAAUUUCAGCCAGAGCUCCCACUUAGCUGUCCACCGGUUAGCCCACAUCGGAGAAAAGAAACCUUUUAGGUGUGGCCGUUGUGGGAAAAGCUUUGGCCGAAGCUCACACCUGGUCUGCCACCAGAGAACCCACACCGGGGAGAAGCCCUACAAAUGUCCCGAAUGUGGGAAAGGCUUCAGUGAUCAUUCUAACCUCACAGCACACCAGAGAAUCCACACUGGAGAAAAGCCCUAUAAAUGUGGAGAGUGCUGGAAAAGCUUCAACCAGAGCUCCAGCCUCCUGAUGCACCAGAGAGUCCAUACAGGAGAGAAACCCCACAAGUGCAGUGAGUGUGGAAAGAGUUUCACCAAUAGCUCGCACUUCAGUGCGCACUGGCGAACGCACACUGGCGAAAAGCCCUACCAGUGCCCUGAGUGCGGGAAGAAGUUCAGUAAGAGUUCCACGCUCACCAGCCACCAGAGGAUCCACACAGGAGAGAAGCCCUAUGAGUGUCUCGAGUGUGGCAAAAGUUUCAGUGACCGCUCAAACCUCAUUACCCACCGGCGAAUUCACACUGGAGAGAGGCCCUACAAGUGUGGCGAAUGUGGGAAGAGCUUUAAUCAGAGCUCAAGUCUCAUCAUACACCAGAGGACCCACACGGGAGAGAAGCCCUACGAAUGCGGUGCCUGUGGGAGGCGAUUUAACAACAGUUCGCAUUUUAGCGCGCAUCGGAGAACCCAUGUGGGCGAGAGGCUCUAA